UUAUUCUGAAAAUCUAUUUGCAUAACCUACAAAUUGCAUGCAAUGUAGAUGUCUGAAACGUGGGGGAACGUUUGAAAAAGAAGAAGCUACACCGUGUGAACUUGUCAUUCUCCUUCCCCAGUUGAAAACGUUUUCUCCCGUUUGUUGUCCAUGGAAUACCGCCUACAUUGUGAUGUCAGACCAAGGACCCAAGCAGGAAGCAGGAGCGCUCGCGAAGUUGUCGCUGUGGCUGCUUUCUGGUACAAAUGGCGAGCGCCAUGAAAACAUGGUUAUUGACGGGAGACUUGACAAAAGUGCUAUUCUUAUUAAUUUGUAUUCACUUUACACGCCCGUUAAAUGCAGUGUCAGAGCCGGGUAAAUGGACCUUAAACGUCAACAGUGACACUUUGAAGAAGCAGAGCUUUUUCCUCUUCACCAAGACAAUGUUUAACAAUACUGUUAUUCAGCUGAAUUGGUUGAUGGAACACUGUGACCCUCCGGUAAAACUCAACAUCUCCUGGUACCUAAGGAGCUCCCGCUGCUUCGACGAGGUGUUUGGUCUCGACCCUCUGAAGGCAGGGAGCUACUUCAGGACGACAGCUGUGAAGCAGGAAGGAGGCAGUGGGUUCUAUGUGUUCCAUCAGCACCCUGCCAUUGAGUGCAAACAGCACAUGACCCGCAGUGAGUUCUUUCUCAACAAAUUUGAGGAGCCGACUAGGCUUACUGAGCCAGUUCAAGAACAGCCUGUCACUUACAAGGACCAAGGGAUGAGGAAAAGGAGCGCUGAGGAUCCAAAGGAGGCGGUUGCUGUCAAAGCAGAGGCAGCUGUGGGCACAGGGAAAGCCCCAGCCCCAGCUGCAAAUAAAGAAGUGACACCCCAGCAUCACUUUGAUGCAGAUGCUCAGACCUGGGAGGAUGGCCCUUACAUGUUCAUCAUCCACAUCCAAGAGAUCAAGGAGAAGAGCAGCACCGCCACUGACUCUGUCCCACCACAGAACUGGGUCAUCCAACUGGAAGUCAGUAUGAAGGGACCCCAUGACUACAUCUCAGCUUCAGAAUGGCCUCUUAUGAUCUUCUACAUGGUGAUGUGUGUCAUCUAUGUGUUACUGGGCCUGCUAUGGCUGGGGCUGUCCGCCUGCUACUGGAGAGAGCUGCUGAGGAUCCAGUUCUGGAUCGGCGGGGUCAUCUUCCUGGGCAUGCUGGAGAAGGCUGUGUACUACGCCGAAUUCCAGAGCAUCCGCUACGACGGACUCUCAGUCCAGGGGGCAGUAGUGUUUGCGGAGGUCCUAUCAGCAGUGAAGAGGACCCUGGCCCGUGUUCUUGUCAUCAUCGCUAGUCUUGGUUAUGGAAUUGUCAAGCCAAGGCUUGGUGCAUUGUUACACAGGGUGGUCGGGGUGGGACUGCUCUACCUUAUAUUCUCCAUUGUCGAGGGAAUCCUGAGGGUCAAUUCGGGACAAGUGGACAGUAGCAGACUACUGUGUGACAUUGUUCUGGCGUUCACUGACUCGUGCAUUGUGUGGUGGAUCUUUAUCAGCCUGGCCCAGACCAUGAAGCUCCUUCGCCUCCGAAGAAACGUGGUCAAGCUCUCCCUGUAUCGCCACUUUACCAACACCCUCAUAUUCGCUGUUAUUGUCUCAGUCAUUUUCAUUAUCUGGACGACAAAGACCUUCAAGUUUUCAAAGUGUCAGUCGGACUGGAGGGAGCUGUGGAUAGACAAUGCGUUCUGGCGGUUCCUCUUCUCCACCAUCCUUCUGGUCAUCAUGUUCCUGUGGAGGCCGUCUGCCAACAACCAGAGAUACGCCUUCAGCCCCCUAGUGGAUGAGGAGAGUGACGACGAGGCAAAGGAACAGCUGAUGAAUGAUGCAUUUGAUGGCGUGAAGAUGAGGGGUCUGAAGGCAGAGACAAAUGGAACAGCCAAGCCGAACAAAGUGGAUGAGGAUCUGAAAUGGGUAGAAGAGAAUAUACCCUCUUCAAUGGCAGACGUUGCACUUCCCCCCCUACUGGACUCUGAUGAGGAGACCAUGACAACCAAAUUUGAGAUGUCCAAAAUGGAAUAGACGGAGGGAGACGAUGCGCACUGCUGACAGACAGUACAGUAUGUUGGACAACCCUAUGUCUGUGUAUGAAGGAUAUUAUAAUCCCUUCCUUAUGAGCUUUGUAAGCAGAGGUUGUAAAUAUGAUGGGAUAAACUAUGACGUAAUGAGCUGACUACUUUUAUUUCAUUUUUUAAUGCCUGUUUAUUUAUAUUUUCGUGGAUAUAUGUUUAAUUUUUUUGAGAUUCUUUACUACAAAUGGUAUCUAGCCUUUCACCGUGAAGUGCAGAAUGUGAUUAAAUGUGAAUUUUGUCCGCAAUGUUUUUUCUCCAAUAUGCAGACUUCAUACACACACUCCCUUACAACUCUCCCCACACACAUACUCACAAUUUUUCUUUUGAUCUCUCUAACUGUCCCUCUCUCUCUUUCUCUCACUCGCUGUUACACACACACACACACACACACUGCACUACAGUCCCUGGUUCACCCUUUUCUUUCAUUUUUUAGUGGCCAUUAGUGACAUCUCACUGAUCUGUGUAUCAUACAGCCUUUUAAAGAGUGACUGUUAUCUAAGCGGGUGAAAUGCUCCAGACAUUAUAGUCAAUACACAGUGACCUGCCUGAGGGCAGAUUGUUUUAUUGUGUCUGUUCCCACUGAUAACAACCAACUAUCUGGUCAACACAUCCAAUAAGGAGACCCCCGGGGUGUUUUUCUUACAGCUGCCACUUAGUAUUCACAACAAUAUUGUAUUACAGUUGUGUUAUAUUGCCAAAAAGACCUUUAAGUCAUAUUGUGAGCUUGUUUGUUAAUAAAUGAACUGCUAACACACAUACAAAAACAA